AUGCCUCUGCCCGGCUGCUUCCUGCCUGUCCUGGUCCUGCUUGUGGCUGGGCCCCUAGGCUGGACUGGGGUCCCCAGCAACUGCAGGGCCCCCCGCGAGGCCACAUGCAACUUCGUGUGUGACUGCGCAGGCUGCUCCGACGAGACCCUCUGCGGUUACCACGGAGCCUCGCCCACCCUGGGCGCCCCCUUCGCCUGCGACUUCGAGCGGGACCCGUGCGGCUGGCAGGACGUCAGCACCUCAGGCUACAGCUGGCUCCGAGACAGGGCAGGAGCCUCCCUGGAGGUUCUGGGGCCUCGCUCGGACCACACCCUCGGCACGGACCUUGGCUGGUACAUGGCUGUCGGCACCCAUCGUGGCAAAGAGGCCUCCACAGCUGUCCUGCGCUCCCCUGUCCUGCAUAACGCAGCCCCCACCUGCGAGCUGAGGCUCUGGUUCCACGCGGCCUCUGGAGAUGUGGCUGAACUGCGGCUAGAGCUGACCCACAGGGCCGAGACCUUGACCCUGUGGCAGAGCUCCGGGCCCUGGGGCCCAGGCUGGCAGGAGCUGGUGGUGGCCACUGGCCGUAUCCGGGACGACUUCCAGGUGACCUUCUCUGCCACUCGAAAUGUGACCCACAGGGGUACCGUGGCCUUGGAUGAUGUGGUCUUCAGGGGCUGUGGGCUGCCCACCCCCCAGGCACACUGCCCUCUGGGGCAUCACCAUUGUGGAAACAUGGCCUGUGUGGAGUCCCACCAGUUAUGCGACGGAGAGGACAACUGUGGGGACAGCUCGGACGAGGACACGCCCAUCUGCCGCCACCACACCACCACCGACUUUGAGACGGGCCUGGGCCCGUGGAACCACUCGGAGGGCUGGGCCCGGAACCGCAGUGCGGGCGCCAGGCACCCAGCCUGGCCACGCCGGGACCACAGCCAGAACAGCGUGCAGGGCUCCUUCUUGGUCUCCACGGCCGAGCCCAGCGCCCCCGCCGUCCUCUCCAGCCCCGAGUUCCAAGCAUCGGGGGCCCACAACUGCUCGCUCACCUUCUAUCACUACCUGCACGGGUCCGUGGAUGGCUCCCUGCAACUCUUCCUGCAGACUCGGAGCCCAGGCUCCCCCCAGGUCCCCGUCCUGCUGCGCAGGCGCCAUGGGGAGCUGGGGGCCGCCUGGGUCCGAGACCGGGUGGACAUCCAGAGCCAGCACCCCUUCCGGAUACUGCUCACUGGGCACACCGGCCCAGGUGGCGUUGUGAGCCUGGAUGACCUCAUCCUGUCGGACCACUGCCAGCCAGUCCCAGACAUGUCCAGUCCGCCCCCUGGGCUCUGGGCCCCGGCCCCUGGGCCCCAGCUGUCCAGCCUGCGGCCCCAGGACUUCUGCGAGCCGGGACAUCUUUCAUGUGGGGACCUGUGUGUCCCCCCAGAGCAGCUCUGCGACUUCCAGCACCAGUGCGAGGCGGGCGAAGACGAGCAAGAAUGCGGCACCUCGGACUUCGAGCCCCCCGCGGCCGGGGGCUGGGAAGACGCCAGUGUGGGGCGGCUGCAGUGGGGGCGUCUCCAGGCCCAAGAGAGCGGAGGCCCGGGUGCGGGCAGCAGCGGGGCCGCUGCGGGGCACUUCCUGUCCUUGCAGAGGGCCUGGGGACAGCUGACGCCAGAGGCACGGGUCCUCACACCUCCCUUGGGCCCCUCGGGCCCCCGCUGCAAGCUCCGCAUGGCUUACUAUUUCCACGGUGACCCCCAAGGCUUCCUGGCACUGGUCGUGGUGGAGGGUGGCCGCCGGGAGCCCGUGUGGCAGGCCCCAAGCAGCAGCGGCGACUGGAAGGCGGACACAGUCCUUAUCGGGGCGCGCCGCAGGCCUUUCCGGCUGGAGUUCGUCAGCCUGGUGGACUUGGAUGGCCCUGGCCAGCAGGGUGCUGCAGUGGACGAUGUGACCUUGGAGGACUGCAGCCCCGUGACGGCCACCGAGAAGGACUCAGAGGUCUCCUGUAACUUUGAGCGGGACACUUGCGGCUGGCACUCCGGCCACCUCACAGAUGCCCACUGGCGCCGAAUCGAGAGCCGUGGGCCUGGGUACGACCACACCACAGGCCAAGGCUACUACUUGCUCCUGGAUCCCACGGACCCCCCGGCCCGGGGCCCCGGGGCCCACCUGCUCACCCAGCCCCAGGCCCCAGCAGCCACCCAGGAGUGCCUCUCCUUCUGGUACCACCUCCACGGGCCCCAGAUCGGGACACUGCGCCUGGCAGUGAGGCGGGAAGGAGAGGCAGAAACCCUCCUGUGGUCGCGGAGCGGCACCCAUGGCAACUGCUGGCACAAGGCCUGGGCCACCCUGCACCACCAGGCUGGCUCCGGCGCCAAGUACCAACUGCUGUUCCAGGGCCUCCGAGAUGGCUACCACGGGACGAUGGCGCUGGACGACGUGGCUGUGCGGCCUGGGCCCUGCUGGGCCUCCAGGCGGUGCUCCUUUGAGGACUCGGCCUGUGGCUUCUCCAGCAGCGGCCAAGGCCUCUGGACACGACAGACCAAUGCCACGGGCCAUGCCUCCUGGGGCCCCCGCACCGACCACACCACAGAGACGGCUCAGGGACACUACAUGGUGGUGGACAUGAGCCCACAUGCCCUGCCCCGUGGCCACGUGGCCUCCCUGACCUCAGAGGAGCACCAGCCUCUGACCCAGCCCGCCUGCCUGACCUUCUGGUACCACCUGAGCCUCAGAAACCCAGGCACCUUGCAGGUCCACGUGGAGGAGGCCGGGAGGCAGCAGGUGCUCAGCCUCAGCGCCCACGGGGGCUUUGCCUGGCGCCUGGGAAGUGUGGACGUGCAGGCGGAGAGGGCCUGGAGGGUGGUAUUUGAGGUGGUUGCCGCUGGUGUGGAGCGGUCCUACAUCGCACUAGACGACCUGCUGCUCCAGGACGGGCCCUGCCCCCGGCCAGCUUCCUGUGACUUCGAGGCCGGCCUGUGCGGCUGGAGCCAUCUGCCCUGGCCCAGCCUGGGAGGGUUUAGCUGGGACUGGAGCAGUGGGGCCACGCCUUCCCGGUACCCCCAGCCCCCCGUGGACCACACUCUGGGCACAGAAGCAGGCCACUUUGUUCUCUUUGAAACCGGUGUGCUGGGCCCAGGGGGCCGGGCGGCCUGGCUGCGCAGCCAGCCUCUGCCUGCCACCGAGUCCUCCUGCCUCCGAUUCUGGUACCACGUGGGUUUUCCGGAGCACUUCUACAAGGGGGAGCUGAGAGUGAUCCUGAGCAGCACGCAGGGCCAGCUGGCCGUGUGGAGCGCCAGCGCACACCGGCGGCACCAGUGGCUGGAAGGCCACGUGGAGGUGGUCAGUGCCGAGGAGUUCCAGAUCGUGUUUGAAGCCACACUAAGCGGCCAGCCGGCCCUGGGGCCCAUUGCCCUGGACGACGUGGAGUAUCUGGCCGGGCAGCCCUGCCAGCGGCUCACAUCCAGCCAAGGGGACACAGCACUGGCCGCAUCGGUGCCAACCAUCGUCGGCAGCGCCCUCCUCGUGCUCAUCGUCCUGGUGCUGAUUGGACUUGGGGGAUGGCGCUGGUUGCAGAAAGAGAGGAGUUGCCCCUCCCGGGCCGAGACAGCAGCCAUGGCCCCGGGCUUCGACAACAUUGUCUUCAAUGCGGAUCAUGUCACCCUGCCGGCUUCGCUCACCGACCCCCAGUAGAUGGCCCAGAGACUGGCUCCCCAGAUAAGCACCCCCCGCCAACCGCAGUCCUGUCCAGGGAAUAACACCUGCCUUUCCCCCAGGAUCCCUGGAGCCCCCAGGCUGUGACCCUGCACAGAGACUGCCACCCACGUGCCUGGGGACGGUCCUCACCCCAACAAUAAAUGCCCUGGCCUGUGAGGGCAGCCCCCACUUACUGGCUGAGGUCCGUGCCUCCUGCCGGGUCAGCCGCAAAGAGGGCUCCCAGGGCUCCGCAGCUGAAA